UUGAUCGGAGCGGGUCACUUAAUGAGAACCACUUGGAGCCAGAGGCAGCCCAGAGCGCGCAGCAGGCAGACCAUCAGUGCGUGAGCCGCAGCGCAGGCACGGAGGCCGGCAGCUGAGCGCAGCGCGCCACAGAACAGUCAGUGGGAAGAGAAACCCAACCAAAGACAAAAAAGAAACAGACUGACGCGGAAGAGCCAGGGGUGAGAGACGGCGGAGAGAAGAAGAGGAACGGCUGCGCGCGCGCUGGUGAACUUUUUCUUACUCGCCAGGGAAGAGGCUCGAGUGGCCGCCAAGAGUCUGUGAAGAUGCCGCGGGUUGUCCCGGAUCAGAGGAGCAAGUUUGAGAACGAGGAGUUUUUCCGCAAGUUGAGCCGGGAGUGCGAGAUUAAAUACACCGGCUUCAGAGACCGACCCCACGAAGAGAGACAAGCCCGCUUCCAGAACGCCUGCAGGGACGGACGCUCUGAAGUUGCCUUUGUAGCAACGGGUACCAACCUCUCCCUCCAGUUUUUUCCUGCCAACCUUCACGGGGAUCAGAGGCAGGUUCCCACAAGGGAAUAUGUCGACUUUGAAAGAGAAACGGGAAAGGUCUACCUGAAGGCCCCCAUGAUCCUGAAUGGGGUGUGCGUGAUCUGGAGAGGCUGGAUCGACCUGCAGAGGCUGGACGGGAUGGGAUAUCUAGAGUAUGACCAGGAGAGGGCGCAGCACGAGGACGCUUUGGCCCAAGCUGCCUUCGAAGAGGCCCGCCGCAGAACCAGAGACUUCGAGGACAGAGAUCGCUCUCACAGGGAGGAUCUGGAGGACCCUGUGGUUUCUAAAAUCUGGGACUGAUGACACACAGACAGAGAGCCAGCAGAAAAGAACAGGUCCAGACGACAGCAGGACCCCAGCCCUGGCUCAAACAUGGCCAACGCUGACAUGGAACACAAGAUGCGCUGACGAGGAAGAGGAAGAGGAGCAGAGAUCUACGGCUGUUCACUUUCAACACAAUCAGCUGGAAGUCACGUGAAGCCACAGCUGCAGAAUGUUUCACAUUAUGCUUCAGUAGGUUUAAUGUGAUCCUCUUCACACGCUGAUUUGUUUCAUUUGAACAAAAAAUUGAACUGAUUGAAUUGAAAGUGAAUAUAAGCUUUGAAAAGAAGGACUCAACAGUAGGAGACCCAAUUCUGCCCACAUGUAUAAGUGUUCAAUUGACAGUUUUUAUACACAAAAUGAUGAUAUCUGUUCAUGGAAAGAAAUAAGACAGAAAAAAUAUAAUGGAAGACUUUAGGGGGGUGAGGAGGAGGAACUAGAAGAAACUGAAAAAGAAGAUAUUGUAGCUCAGGGUCACUUUCAGGUUUCAGCAGCUGAGUCAGCGUUAAACUUAAAGCAAAGGAGAAAACCUCCACCUCUGUUAAUACGGCUGUGUGUCUGAGCUCACUGCCUUUUCUGAGACCAAAGUUUGCUUUGCUGGAAGAAUGAAAAUUUUGUUUCCACAACAAAUUUUGAGUUAAAAUAAAGAAGAAUGGCUUACGCUGAGCUGCAGGGUGAAGAAUUAUUUGCAGUGAUUUAUAAAUGUAUCUGAAAACAGAUUUUAGAAGCUUUAACUGCAAUUCUGCCGCUCAGUCUUUGUCUCUGGAAGCAUGUGAGGAAGCUCAGAGAUCAUUUGUCUUCCAAACUGCAUUUCGGCAGAGCCGAAGCCUCACCCCCCACCCCUCCAUUCUUUACAAACAAGCUCAAAUUUUUUUUCAUGAUUCGUGAAUUUUAGCACAGAACGGUGUAAAGUUACAGCAAUGUUAACAGAUGGAACCCAGUUGCUCGGUGAUGAAGCCCAAGCCGAAACAACCGGUUGCAUCAAAACAUGCAGGAAACAUCAAAAUGAAGCUGUGUAAAGAGAAGAUGCCUGUCCAGAACCCUGCAUCGCUGCACGGAAGCAGCGCUCUCUUUCCCGCCCCGUCACAGCACCAGUGGAAUGAAAUGUUUCUGUGAGUUGGAAUCCUGCUUUUGCUAGUGUGAAGGUCAUGAUGUUUACUUUUUGUCAUCUUCUCUCCUCUGCGUGUGCAUUCAUUUUGGUGUCAGCUUUGAACAGCAGUCACACCUUCUUCUAUAUAAAUCUGUUUUUUUUAUUCUAAAUUUCUCCACAAAUUUGGGAGAUUGGACAACUUUUUCUUUUUUGCUUGCAUUUUUAAUGUUAUAUUUAAUGAAGAUGCUCGACACAUCAUCAGCUUUCCUGUUUUAUAUUUUGUGACUUUCUGAAGAAGAUUGUUUCUUUUAUUUUGUUUAUGAAGCUCAACGGUUUCAUCUUAUUGUAUCCGACACAUGUAUAUGUUUUCAAUCUGAUUUUGUUCUUAACUUAAAAAGCCAACAGAUGAUUUGUGUUUGUACGUUUAUGACCACAUGUUUGUAAAAUUUUACAAGAAGCUUUGGAUUAAACCAAAAUUACAAUAAAAAGUGAAAAAUAUCUGAUAA